AUGGCGGCGGAGGUGGCACGCAAGAUUUACUUGGAGGGCCACCACGAACCUGAUGCACCACGAGCUCCCAUUCUGCCGUCAGCCCGGCAGCAGGAGCUGCGCAACAUAACGCACCAACCUUUCCAACCAUGGUGCGAGGCCUGUGUUUUGGGGAGAAGUCGCCAGAGCCCGCAUGCCAAGACUACGCCUACGGCCUACGGCUUCACCAAGCAGAAGCAUGAGGUCCAAGAGGGAGAGCUGGAGUCACUCCCGUGGGCAGGGCACGGGGAUGCAGGUGGCGAGGAGGCCCACCCGGAUGCGCAGAAUGAGCCCAAUGCAGAGGCAGGUGGGAUUGGGGAGAUCCCGCUUCAGAAGCCCAUCGAUUACCGCGAUCAGUUUGGGCUUUCGCUGGUGGCAGCCGAGAGCACAACGUUGGAGAAGGGAGCUGGGUCCCUAAAACGUGUCACCGAGCACCUUGUGCGUCUUAGCCUUCAGGUGACUUCAGUGAAACAAGCGCUCGAUGCGGUGCAGGCCUGCCGGUCUCGGCUGGGACUGGUCACCAACACCCGGCUCAUUGAGAAGGGCUCCGCAAGCAAUGGGCAGGUCGAGAAGGCCAUCGACACGAUCCGCCGUGGUGGCCUUACAGUCCCGAACUUUCUCGAGGACAGGCGCGCCGCCUUCCUCCACAACCGCUUUGCUGUUGGAUCCCGAGGGGCACCGGCUUUUGAGAUCGUUUUCGGGCGGCGGUGCAAGGGGAAGCUUCUCCCCUUUGGCGAGAAGUGCAUAUACUACACGCCUUCCAAGCACAAGGGCGACCUACAGUGGGAAAAGGGCAUCUGGCUCGGAGUCAACGAAAGGAAUGCUUCACACAUCCUGGGGACAGCCAAUGGUGUUGUGGAGAGCCGGAGCAUUCGCCGGCUACCUGAAAACGAGCAAUGGGAUGCAACAAUGGUGCUGAGUGCGAAAGGACUGCCCUGGAGCUACAUGGGGACGGCCCCGAGGAAGAGGCCACUCUACUCUUCAGUGGGUGCGCCGGCCCCUUUGCUGCCUGACACGGCCACCUUGGAGAGUCUGGCGCGCGCUGCUGGGAAAGCGACGGCCGGAGAGUUCAGCGAGACGUGGUGGGAUCCAGAAGCAGACAGCCCGCCGGAGCUGACCCCAGAGCAGUUGGAGCAGGUGGACCGCGAAGCUGAUCUCAAGGAGAUCACCCGCCUUAUUGCAAUGGGUAGUGAGAGAUUGGCGGCGACGACCGGGGUGGCUGCGACGGAGCCGGCUAGUGGGGCGAGAGUUCCGCAGCAUGUCCCCGUACACGCAGGAACUGUUUGCACCGGCCUCUACUUUAGCACUUUAGCGACGGUGCACACAUUUAUCAGCUGGGCGAUUUCGGAGAACCUCCAGCUCACCACCGUCGACGUGAAAGACGCAUAUCUCAAUGUGCCGCAACCGAACCCGGUUACCAUCCAGGUGGACCGCGCUAUGUUUGGCGAGCCGGGCCCGGGAACCAUCACCCUGGUCCUCGACCGCCUGGAGGAGGCCAAGCUCAAAAGCUACAUCAAAGAGUCCACCCUGUUUAAGAGCACUGAGAAAGGGAAGAAGACGGGGCUCAUCCUCCAUGCCGACGAUGGGCUACUGGCGAGCACAGAGGCCGAGCGGCAGGAGUUUGAGAGGGUCUUCGGUGGCAAGGUCACUUUGCAGGUGAGCCCGCCUUUGGUCAACGUCGGGGACAGCAUCGACUUCUUAAAGCGGCGCUACGUGAAGACGCUCGACGGGGUGGUGGCUAUCUACUCCAACGGCAAGAGAAGGCGGAUGCAAGAGAACCAGACGGGGCAGGAGUUCGAUGCAGUACUACGUUUCGGAGUCUUUGGAGCGUGUAAAGGGCUCUAUCUCCGGGACAUCCUCGAGUUCAUCGGCAACGGGGAGUUUAUGGUCGAGCUCAGGUCCAGAAGCGACAGUGCCUCAGCAAGGACCAUCACCCAACGCCUGGGGUGUGGCCGUGUACAGCACCUGCAGGCUGGAUGGCUCUGGAUCCAGGACUAUGUGAAGCGCCGGGAAAUAUCGGUCGGCCCCAUUGGCGGCACGAUUAACCCCGCAGACGUGGGAACGAAGCCACUGACGGGCACGAGAAUCCGCGAGCUCCUCUACACUAUGGGAGCUCUUGAGCCAGGAGGAGAUCCAUAUGGGAAGGCCGACAAGGAAAGUGGCGACGAGAAGCGUGCCCUCAGCCAGGCCAUCAAGGAGUUCAAGAGUGCCGGAGCAGCAGUGAGGAACAUCAAGACCGUCCUCCCCGUGCUGCUCAUGCUUACGCAAGUUAGUGGAGUCCAGGGCUUGGGCCUGGCUAUGUGGACGGCUGGGUGGAACGACGAGCUUGCCACAGAGCUUGUCGCGACGGCUGCGGUGGGACUCUUGGUUCUUGCGGUGUUUGUGGGCUUGCCUCUCAGUGCCUUCAAGCUGCUUAAGUGGAGCUGGAAGGCCGUUUUCCAAGGGAGGAGGAAAGGCAGCCGCACCGUGGGAACGCAGACAGAGGAGGUUCGUGGAUACAAUCCACACAGAGGGAUGAGCAAGGAGGAGAGGCUGUUCAGUGAGGAGUACGUGCGAAGGUGCACAGACCUCGAGCAGCUGUUGGCACAGAAGUGCCGUGAGGAGGAGAGGUACAGUGACGUGCUUGCGGAAGUUAGGGACGAGAACCGAAGGCUGCAGCAAGCCUUUGAGAGGCUGCGAGCCCGGCGUGAGCCCGAGACAAUUCAUGUCGCCACUAGCCGCGGAGUGCGAUUUCACCUUCCAGGUUGCGGGCAUAUCCGAUGGCACAAUGUCCAGGAGGUUCACGGUGCCAUGAACCUCACAUCGCUGUCACACACCCCUUUGAUCUCACUCGCCUUGCCCUUCAGCUUCGGGAAGUCCUUCUGCUUCUGGAACAUCGACAGUUUGCGCAGCCGCUGCUGGUACCUGUUUUUAAUCCUGUUCGUCUUCUGA